AUGACGCAUUUUGCGCCGAGCAUCCGCGAAGUUUGGGCGUGGAACUUGCAGCCUGAGCUCCAUGCCCUUCAGCGGACCAUUCAUGACGCGGGACCUGGCGCGGUGAUCGCAAUCGACACGGAAUUCCCCGGCGUGUACCAGGAAGACGCCUGGAAGAAAUCCGGUGAGGUGCAGUACCGCGCGAUGCGGGACAGCGUCAGCCUUUUGAAGCCAAUCCAGCUCGGCCUUGCUGUGGGCUCUCCCUCUGGAGGCGUGAAGGGCGCUUGGACCUUCAACCUCCAUUUCGACCUGAGCACCGAUGUGUAUCGCGAGUCUGCUGUACGCUUCCUCAUGGAGGCUGGCGUGAACUUCGACCAGCACGCCAAAGAAGGCAUCAACCCACUCAGUCUGGGACACAGCUUGGGGACAUCGUUGGGACAGGCGACCUGGCUCACCUUCGCGGGACUCUACGAUCUUGGAUACUUGCUCCUCCUGUCAAAGGGCGGGAGCUUGCCCGAGGAACGUGGUGAAUUUCAAGAUAUGCUCUCGGCCAGCAGCGCUGGGAACGAGGACCUCCGCGAUUGGCUUCCCUUCGGCUCCUUAAGUCACUUGCCGGCGCAGAGUGCUCGGCUUCUAGGUGGAAAGGGCAAGCAUCGGACCGAAGCCGUUGGGUUAGUCUUAGCAGCUGCGUCGCGGCGAUGCAAGUCAUGGUCAUGGCCG